CAUGGCUUCUUUUUCCACUUGGCUUAAAUUCUCACCUCAAGACUCUGUCAUCACACAGUCAUACUGAAAGAGAAGAGAGAGAAUCGAUGAACAAAAAGUUUCAGAUCCUGUUCUUCCUCUUCCUCUUCAACUUCUUCUCUCUCUUUCUCUAUUUCUUUCAUCAUCACUCUUUUCUCAACCCUUCUUCAUCUUCAAAAUUUGACCACAAAACUUUGACAAAAAACCCACCUUUUCAACGACCCUUUGAAAAGUUACAACAAACCCAUAUCUCAAAAUCAUGGCCAAUUCUACCCUCUUACUUACCAUGGUCACAAACUUCAAAUGACAUUCCUUUAAGGUCAUGUGAGGGCUAUUUUGGAAAUGGGUUCACGCGCCGGGUUGAUGUGGUUUCCGGUGGCGGUGGAGUUGGUGGAGGUGGUGGGUGGUUUAGGUGUUGGUAUAGUGAGACUUUGAGGAGUUCGGUAUGUGAAGGUGGAAGGGUGAAGAUGGUGGUUGAGAAGAUUGGUAUGGCGAAGGGUGGUGAGAAUUUGGUUGAUGUUAUUGGGAGAAGUGAAGAUGAGGAGUUGCCUUUGUUUGAAAAGGGUGCUUUUGAGGUUGAUGGUGGUGAAGGGUUUGUAGAUGGAGGGAAUAAGAUGAUUGUUGAUGAUGAGUUUUUGGAUAAGUAUGUUCCUAGAGGUGAGAUUAUGAGACAUACUAUGCGUGAUUUGAUUAGUAAGAUGAGGAUUGUUGGAAGGAAAGAAUUUGAUUGUGAUCAGUGGAUUGAGGAACCAACGCUUCUGGUGACACGCUUUGAAUAUGCUAAUCUUUUUCACACUGUUACAGACUGGUACAGUGCAUAUGUUUCUUCUAGAGUUACUGGCUUGCCUAAUCGACCUCAUUUGAUCUUUGUAGAUGGACACUGUAUGGCUCCACUUGAAGAGACAUGGAAAGCGUUAUUCUCAAGUGUCAGAUAUGCUAAAAACUUCACUGGAACAGUUUGUUUUCGUCAUGCUAUUCUCUCACCAUUGGGAUACGAGACUGCACUGUUUAAAGGGCUAACAGAAGAUAUAUUCUGUGAGGGAACUUCUGCACAGGAAUUGUGGCAAAAACCCGAUAACCAAAAAACCGCGCGUCUUUCCGAGUUUGGAGAAAUGAUUAGAGCAUCAUUUGGAUUACCUUUAAACUUAAACCAUCCCGGGAAACCAGUCUCCGGAGGACAUAAUGUCCUCUUUGUUCGUCGAGAAGAUUAUUUAGCUCAUCCACGUCAUGGUGGUAAAGUUGAAUCGAGACUAACUAACGAGGCAGAAGUGUUUGAAUCCUUGAACAGUUGGGCAUCUAAUUAUAAAGGAUGUAAAAUCAACCUUGUCAACGGAUUAUUCGCACACAUGUCGAUGAAGGAGCAGGUACGAGCCAUCCAAGAUGCGUCGGUGAUCAUUGGUGCUCAUGGUGCUGGUCUUACUCACAUAGUAUCUGCAUUGCCUAAAACUGUGAUUCUAGAGAUUAUUAGCAGCCAGUUCAGACGUCCACAUUUUGCGUACAUAGCACGGUGGAAAGGGUUGGAGUAUCAUGCAAUUAACCUUGACGGAUCAUAUGCCAAUACUGAAACUGUGAUCAAUACGCUGGUCAGCAUAAUGAAAAGCCUUCGAUGUUAAUUUUUUGGACUUGAAAACUGAUGAUAUCAGAGCUUGAGUAUUUGAAUGACUGGAAAAUCGGCGAUCUUUAACCUUUUUUUAUAACUACAGUACUGAGAUUGGUUUGGUUAAUGAAGUGGUGGAAUUGCUGAUAUUUGGUGGAGAGGAAAUAGCGCUUAAUUUAACUUAACAAUUGUAUCAUGUCCAUGUUCAACUGAAGAAGGUUGCAGAAUUCAGUGUCAUGAGAAAAGAGUUGAAAUUGUCUUGUAAUUUUGUAGCAUAUUGAUUAGUGAACUGAGUUGUUGUUGAUAGUACCUGGUGCAGUAUGUGGCAUGUUGCAGCUACAUUUGUUACCUUAAUUUGAUCUUUGACCCUAUGUUGUAUACAGAUGAGGGGUCACAAUAGUUUGUUUUGUAAAUUUAUACUCCAACACAUGUAGGACUAUGUUGUACAAUAGGUGAUUUCUUACCUCUAUUCUUUUGUUGGAACCAUUUUGAUACAGAUACUAUGUUAUUGAGAAUUGAGGUAACACCAUACAAAUUGCAUUGGGGUGUACAUCAAUCAAAAUUUUAGGUGACUAGUUUUUUGGAA